GACCAAGUGCUCCACCUUCUACAGGAAACUGGUACUGACAGUAGAAUACCCUUCACAGAUUAGUCCCAAGUGUCACAUGAUUACAGCCUUGAGGAACUAGUAAGGGACGGGGGUCAAGGAGUGAGUGAAACCUGGCUCUGCUUACAAGCUCAGUGCUUGAGUUCCAACCCAGAUGGAAUGCUAAUUGCCUAUCUCCUUGGGGAGGUGGGGCUGGUCUCAAGCUCUUGGCUAUCCUGGAACUAUAGACCAGGCUGACCUGCCUCUACAGAGCUUCAGUGCUGGGCUUGAAGGCAGAUACAGAUGGUGUUGGAUUUCUCACCAAUGAGGAAGGGUCCUCCUAUUCCUCUGCCUUGUAAACUCCCAAGUAAAGCAAGUUUUGCUUAGGUAAGAUUCUUAUGAGCCAACUGCCUCCUUUUUCACGUGGUAACGAAGACGUCCCUCCCACUCAAAAGGCCACUGCCAAUCACAGCUUAAUUGUGAAAACCAGUGACUAAAAUGGGUGGCUGGAGCAGAGGUGUCUGAGUCAGGCUCUGGGUGGGAUUAUCUUACUUAAAGGAAGUGCAACUUUCAUUUCCUCUUCCAAGAGAAGGCAGAGGUUAUUGGGUUGAGGAAGGAACUGGUACAGCCCAGCUGGACUCUGAGCUGCUCUACCAUGAGGUUUCAAGUACGUUGCUUGGUCUUGCUGGGACUGCUUGUAGCCCAAGGAACAGGGAAAGACUGUCCUCAUAGAAAAGCCGCUACUCUCCUGCCAUCCUUCACGGUGACACCUACGACCACAGAAAGCACAGCAAGCCCUACGACCAGCCACGGAAAUGUCACAGUUCAUCCAACAAGUAAUAGUACCAGCUCCAGGCCCGCAACUUCCACUCACAACCCUGCCAUGACCACCAGUCAUGGGAAUGCCACAGUUUACCCCACCACAGACAACGGCACUGCUACCAGUCCGGGAGUCACCACCGGCCCUCACCCUGGACCACCUCCACCCUCUCCGAGUCCUAGUCCAGGCUCCAAGGGGGUUCUUGGAAACUACACGUGGACAAACGGCUCCCGGCCCUGUGUUCAGCUCCAAGCACAGAUUCAGAUUCGAAUCCUGUACCCAACCCGGGGCGGAGGAAAGGCCUGGGGCAUCUCUGUACUGAAUCCCAACAAAACCAAGGUCCAGGGGGGCUGUGACAGUGCCUAUUCCCACCUGCCUCUCUCAUUUCCGUAUGGGCAGCUCACCUUUGGAUUCAAACAGGACCUGGAGCAGAGUAUAGUCUACCUCAACUACAUGGCAGUGGAAUACAACGUGUCCUUCCCACAGGCAGCACAGUGGACAUUCUCAGCUCAGAAUUCAUCUCUCCGAGAGCUCCAAGCUCCUCUGGGCCAAAGCUUCUGUUGCAGAAAUACAAGCAUCGUUCUUUCUCCAGCUGCUCACCUUGACCUGCUCUCCCUGAGGCUACAGGCUGCUCAGCUGCCCAACACAGGACACUUGGGGCCAUGUUUCUCCUGCACCAGCGACCAAUCCCUCUUGCUGCCUCUCGUCAUUGGCCUGGUCCUCCUUGGCCUCCUCACCCUGGUGCUCAUUGCCUUCUGCAUUACCCGGAGACGACAAUCACCCUACCAGCCCCUCUGAGCAUUUGCUCCAAUCCACUUGGGGCCACCAAGGAGCACCCUCAUUUCUUCAGUGUACACCUGACUCAACAAAGUUAUUCUCCUUUCCUGUCUUUAAGAACAAAAGUAGAGAUUUUGUAAUGGGGGGAUUAAUAAAGAGGAAC